AUGUCAAAAAAAGCUGCGGACAAGAUAUUCCCCAUCAAAACCUUUAUCUCUGAUAUACCGGCCAAUUCUUUUCAGUCCGCAUCACCCGAAAAUGGCCAUGGACGCUUGGUUAUCGUAGGCGAUGUGCACGGAAUGAGAGGAUCCCUCGAGGCUCUACUCGAGAAAGUCAGCUUUAACAAAGAAAAUGGGGACCAUUUGAUCCUAGUCGGAGAUCUCGUCAAUAAGGGACCUGACAGUCCCGGCGUUAUCGACUUGGCUAUGAAGCUAGGCGCCAGCGCGGUGCGAGGCAACCACGACAACGCCGUUUUAAACGCGGCUAGAGAGAUACAAGCCGUCAAGGAGAACACCUCUCCUGUGGAAGGCUUGGGCAUCGUGGAUUCACCUAAGAAAUCCGAAGCCAGCCCACCAGUGCACACGGUCCACAAUCCUGAUGUCCCAGAAAAAGCUACAUCUCCAAAGUAUGAUACGGCGCGAGCCCUCUCGAAAAUGCAGAUGGAUUGGCUAGCUGCAUUACCCUUGGUCCUGCGCAUCAAAUUGCCCCAUCAUGCAUCCUCUUCACUCGGAGACCAACUGGUCGUUGUGCAUGCUGGUCUUACUCCCGGUGUUCCACUCGAAGAUCAAGAUCCACAUGCUGUAAUGCAUAUGCGGAGUCUUGUUCGCGCAGAUGACGAGGCUUCAAUUAGCCCGACGGAAGCCCCGGGGGACGAAAGCUGGGUCAGAGAAUGGGAUCAGUUUCAAGAGGGUCUGGCAUCCAAGAGCACAGUGGUUUUUGGACACGAUGCUAAGCGUCGUUUGCAACUGGGCAAAUAUGCAAUCGGACUUGAUUCAGGCUGCCUGUAUGGCAAUCAGUUAAGUGCUGCUGUGAUCAAAAUCUCCAACGGUGUUAUAACGCAUGAUGUUAUUUCAGUCGAAUGUGCUGAUCCUCACUUGGUUGUAUAG